GGCAUUUUCACUUUUUGAGCUUCCGUCAGUAAAUCGCGUAAUAUUGCGUAGGUAAUUUUUUAUCUGUGUAAUUUACUGAAUUUAUAAAUCUGAAAUGACUACUGUGAUGAACGGAGAUCAGAAGAAUCAUAAAAUGAUAAUGAGAGAUUUUGCUAGGCUUGCAUAUUAAUUAAAUAUGUGGAAGAAUUUGGUGAAAUUCAUCACAGUUCAGUUCCAUUGGUUUCCUAAAUCAUCUGUUACAACAGUUGCUACUUUAAUGAGACCUCUUUCUGAUUUAGAGAUGAAAAAGAAAAUGCCAGCAGGGAAAGGUAUAGAUUUGGACAGUGAAGAUGAACUUGACAGUCAACAGAAGUUUGUUUUGAAAACACCAAAAGGUACUCGUGAUUUUGGUCCUGCACAGAUGGCUUGUAGAGAAAAAGUCUUUGAAAAAAUUAUAAAGUGUUUCAAGAGACAUGGAGCUGAAACUAUUGAUACUCCUGUUUUUGAAUUGAAAGAAACAUUGACUGGAAAAUAUGGUGAAGAUAGUAAGUUGAUCUAUGAUCUUGCUAAUCAAGGAGGUGAAAUAUUGUCAUUAAGAUAUGACCUAACUGUUCCGCUAGCUAGAUAUCUAGCUAUGAAUAAAAUAGCAAACUUGAAGAGGUAUCAUAUUGGAAAAGUUUAUCGCCGAGAUGCCCCAUCUAUAGCAAAAGGUCGUUACAGAGAAUUUUACCAAUGUGAUUUUGAUAUUGCUGGGCAAUACAGUGAAAUGAUUCCUGAUGUGGAAUGUGUUCGAAUAAUGAAAGAAAUCUUGAGUGACCUAGAUAUUGGCGACUACACAAUCAAAGUAAAUCACAGGCAAGUUCUUGAUGGCAUGUUUGAUGUUUGUGGUGUUCCUGCUGAUAAAUUUAGAACGAUCUGCUCAUCUGUUGAUAAACUUGACAAAACAGAAUGGGAAGAAGUUAGGGCUGAAAUGGUAAAUGAGAAAAAUUUACCUGAAGAUGUAGCUGAUAAAAUUGGUCAGUAUGUUAAAAAACAUGGUGGUGCAGAGUUAGUAGAUGAACUGUUACAGUCAGGAGAUCUUGCUCAGAACAAAUUAGCAAAACAAGGUUUAGAAUCUAUGAAGCUGUUUUUCGUUUAUUGUGAUUUGUAUGAUGUAUUGGACAAGGUGUGUUUUGAUCUGAGUUUAGCAAGAGGUCUUGAUUAUUACACAGGGAUCAUUUUUGAAGCUGUAUUAACAGGGAAUCAAUCUAAUCUCAGUGACAUGGAUGGUGAGUCGACAAGAGUUGGCAGUAUUGCAGGCGGAGGACGUUAUGAUAAUCUAGUUGGAAUGUUUGACUCAAAGCACAAGAAUGUAUCUUGUGUUGGCAUGAGUAUUGGUGUGGAACGCAUUUUUGCCUUAAUGGAAUCAAAGCUAAAACUGGAAAAUGAUGGAAAAAUAAGAACUACUGAAACAGAAGUAUUUGUGGCAACAGCUCAGAAAAAACUAGCUCAUCACAGAAUGCAGUUAUGUCGAGAAUUAUGGGAUGCUGGCCUUAAAGCAGAACAUUCCUAUAAAUUAAAUCCUAGGCUUCUGGACCAGCUACAGUUUUGCGAAGGUCAUGGUAUACCUUAUGCUAUUAUCAUUGGAGAAUCUGAGCUUCAAAAUGGCAUUGUAAAAUUAAGAAUUAUUGAGACAAGAGAAGAGAUUGAAGUUCCUAGAACUGCUAUUGUUGAAGAACUGAAGAAAAGGUGCAGAAGUAUACAAGUAGCUGAGAAUGGAUGUGAUCCGUAGCAUUGUAUUUUAAAUAGACUGUUUUAAAAUUUUUGCUCCAUGUUUUUAUCAUGGCUUUAUUUAGUAUUUAUUUUGUGUAUUUAAUAAAAGAGAUGAACAUUUAAUACAUUAAUAUUUAAAUUUGCAUUUGUGCCUCAUUUGUUCUUGAAGUUUGUUAUAUUGAAUAUUUAUUUGUUGACUCAUCCGGCAUGUAAGGAUUUAAUUUGUUGCUAUAUUGUAAUGAAUUUUAAAUUUUGUGAUAGAAAUAUCAAUAGUUUUCAUAAUUAUUUUGACUGGUCUGUACUGUAAAUUAUUUCCUGCUUUUAUAUAAAUUUUGUAUAUGUCUUUGUACAAACCAAAGCUAUUAAUCUAAAUACCAAAGAAUAUUCCAUUAAUAAAAUGGAUAUUGUUUACAA